GCCCCACAGCCCCCCACCACCACCACCCAGCCCCCCUCCACCACCACCCAGCCCACCACCACCACCACCCAGCCCCCCACCACAACCACCCAGCCCCCCACCACCACCACCCAGCCCCCCACCACCACCACCCAGCCCCCCACCACCACCACCCAGCCCACCACCACCACCCAGCCCACCACCACCACCCAGCCCACCACCACCACCGCCCCCCCAUGCUGCGUCAGCUGGGGUCUCUGGUCCCGCGGCUACUGCGGGGCCGCGGGUUCCUGGUGGCGAACACUGCGAGCUGCGGGGCUCUGAUGGCCACGGGAGACGCGGUGCAGCAGUGGAGGGAGACGCGCGCAGGGAGACGCGAGCGCAGGGACUGGGUGCGAACCGCGCGCAUGUUCUCCGUGGGCAUCGUGAUGGGACCCAUCCUCCACCUGUGGUACGUCUACCUCGACAAGUUCCUGCCGGAGAGGACGAGGAAAGUGGUCGCCAAGAAGAUCCUCGCCGACCAGCUCAUCGCCUCGCCGCCGUUAGCGGCUCUCUUCUUUUUCGGAAUGGGAGCUCUGGAGGGCCAGAGCGUUAAACAUUCCGCCCACGAGUUCGCAGACAAGUUUUGGGAGAUGUAUAUGAUGGAUUGGACCAUCUGGCCCGCGGCGCAAGCGGUCAACUUUUACGUCCCGUCGUCCUAUCGGGUCAUCUACGUGAACGUGAUCACCCUGGGAUGGGACACAUUCCUUUCCUACCUCAAGCACCGGGACGACAAGACGGACGCGGGCGGAGCGCCGGCCGAGCGAGACGUCGGCGAGCGGAGGGAGGCCGCCUCUGCCGCGUGCGCAGCGACCGAGCUGUGCGUGGAGAGGCCGCCCCUUGCCGAGGCGGCCAUGCCGAGCUUGAAGCGGGAGGUUUAGUCGUCGCUGGGGGGGGCGGCGGGGGGUGGUGCAAAAUCGCCCAUCGGCCCGUAUAUGGAAGGGAAGUGGGCGUGUAGUUGUCCGUAGGGGCGUUUCUCUGCCCGUUUCGUGGCCUUGCGGUUCGUGAAUCGAGGCGUCCGUUGUAUCGAUUCCGCUCGCGGUCAAUCCGCCCCCCUGUUGGCGUUUCGAUCCGUUGGAGGGUUAAUCGCCGCGUCGAAUAAUUCUCAUGCGAGCCACGGAUGCAGUAAUCCCAUUGGUUGGUGCAGCGUCGUGCGGAGUGCUCCACUCUUUUUGUCGAUUGGCCAAAUAUCUCUCUGCAUUCCGUUUUUUUAUCGCACACGACGGCGUGCUUAGGAGGAGAGGCGCUCCAACGAAAACCGGCAUCUUCCCCGGAUCGUUCGCCUUAAUGUCGCAUUCGUGCCAAAAGAACGAUUAUAUGAUGUGGCUUUUAAUUUUUUUUAUUUUUUCUUCAUUCGAAAGCGAAACUCUUCAGGAAUGUAGAUAUAUAUAUUAAUUUAUGUGUACCGAACGGAGACUGCAAAGGAUAACAAUACAAUUGUUAUAUUUUAAAGACACGAAAAAAGAACUAUCAACGGAGAGGUUUCAAAAUAAACCACCCCUGGAACCAUCCGUCACGCCCGAGUCAAUUCUAGAACGUUACAGUGCCAACGCUACAGUGUUUACCGUACAGAACAUUUCUACAGUGCGCCAUGUUGCGGGCGGGAUGUUAACUCCCUCGCCUGGUAUGCACGAGGUCGUGAGUUCGAGCCCCGACCCUCACGAUGUCUGCGUAUUUGGAGUUUGCAACGUUCUUACCGUGAUCGUGUGGAUUUUUGUCGGGGGCCCCUCCGUUUUUUUUUUUUUACCCUCUGCAUUCAGAAUCAGACACGCAUUUCGAGCUAUUUUGCCUGCUGCUGUGAGUUCCCGCGCGAUAAGCCCACUUCGUUGAGCUAUCAUUUGUGGCCAGGUCGCUUCUGAAACACGAGCUACAGAGCUCACGUGGGAAAAUCGUGAGUCGCCGUGCGGGUGGUGGCUAUGCCCACGAGGCUGCCCCUCUGAUAUUCUUAGGUUUUUUCGGUAAAGUCACGUAGGUAAA